CGGGGAGGGGGGCGUGGCGGGACGGAGCCGGGUCGACCCGGAAGAACGGAGUCGUGCGGCUGUGCUGCCCCUCCCCUGGUCCCCGUGCGCCUUGGGGUCCCGUCCCGGGUGCUGCCAGGGCCCUGGGAGGCUGAAGGCUGAGCAUGGGGAAGAGUUGCAAGGUGGUCGUGUGCGGCCAGGCAUCCGUGGGCAAAACGUCAAUCCUGGAGCAGCUUCUGUACGGGAACCAUGUCGUGGGUUCUGAGAUGAUCGAGACGCAGGAGGACAUCUACGUGGGCUCCAUCGAGACCGACCGGGGCGUGCGGGAGCAGGUGCGCUUCUACGACACCCGGGGGCUCCGAGACGGGGCGGAGCUGCCCCGCCACUGCUUCUCCUGCACCGACGGCUACGUCCUGGUCUACAGCACAGACAGCCGGGAGUCCUUCCAGCGCGUGGAGCUGCUCAAGAAGGAGAUCGACAAAUCCAAGGACAAGAAGGAGGUCACCAUCGUGGUCCUGGGCAACAAGUGUGACCUGCAGGAGCAGCGGCGUGUGGACCCAGACGUGGCUCAGCACUGGGCCAAGUCGGAGAAGGUGAAGCUGUGGGAGGUCUCCGUGGCCGACCGCCGCUCCCUGCUGGAGCCCUUCAUCUACCUGGCCAGCAAGAUGACCCAGCCGCAGAGCAAGUCCGCCUUCCCCCUCAGCCGCAAGAACAAGGGCAGCGGCUCCCUGGAUGGCUGAAGAGCUGCCGUCCCUUCUUCACCGUCCCAGCCCCAGCCCCAGCCCAGCUCCUGGGGCUUUGGAAGACGGGGUGGGGGGAAAGGGGAACGCCCCGCCAGCGCGGGCAGCCGGGGCCGUUCCAGGCCCUGGCCACUUUGGCUCCCUCCCAACUCCGGGAAAUGCAGAUCACCUAGGUGAGUGCCCCGCAACCUCUUCCUCCACCCCAGCUUUCAUCACAUCUGCCCCUCUCUGACCGAGGGCAGUUGUGGGUCAGUGCCCCUCCCACCUGUCCUGGUUGGGAAGCAGAGCUGCCAUGCACAAGUGCCCAGUCUGGGGGAUGUUUCUGAUCACGGGUUCCACGCCUCUAGGCUUCUGCCACACGCGCACACACACACACACACACACACACGGCACCAGCCCGGACUCCAGGGAGAGGGCACCCAGGUAUCGUGUGGG